CGGCAUUGAGCCUCUCGACCGGCGCUGCUCGUCGUUCUGUGGCGUCCGAAUGUCCAUUGGACUAAAUGGAAGCUAUGGCAGCCGUUGGAUUGGCUGGGAACAUCCUCCAAUUCAUAGAUUUCGCUGCAAAAAUCGUCACCAAGGGACAUCACAUCUACAAAUCCGCCGAUGGCUCCCUAAGCGAGAACAAUGACCUUGAGCUCAUUACUAGCGAUCUCGUGGUGCUUCAAACUAAACUGGAAAGGGCGCCGGACCGAAGCUCCGGUGCGGCCAGCCCCAACGAGGAUGAUGAAGCUGUUCGGACGCUGGCUGCAGCGUCCACCAAACUGGCGCAACAAUUGCUGACACGACUAAACGCCGUGAAAGCACAAGGUCGUUUUCGGAGAUGGAAGAGCUUGAGACAGGCUGUCAAGCAAGUCUGCUCCAAGGCCGAGGUCGAUGAUAUGGCAAGACGUCUCUCGCAAUUUCGCGGGGAACUCCAAACUCGCCUCGUUGUUUCGCUAAGAGAUGAAGUCUCUGAGAGCCACAGGAAGCUUAAUCAGCAAAUUGUGACCAUGGGUAACAAAAUGGUUCAGUCUUUCGUCGCUCAGAUGGAUCACCAUUCUCGUAAUGAUAAUACAUCUGUCAGUUCCCAGUCCGAACAACAAAGCUUGAACUCUGGCAAAGGCUCUGGUGCUUUGGGAGGGAUCCUCAAUGAUGACCAUCUGUUGCAAAACAAUGAAUCCGCCCUCAAAGCAGCGAUCCUGUCAAGCUUUGAAUAUGCCGACAUGGAUUAUCGGUACGAGGCAAUUCCGGACGCUCACGCCAAAACUUUUCGCUGGAUCCUGGAAGACAAAGACAAUGAAGACAUCCCGUGGGAUAAUUUUCUCCAGUGGGCGCGGAGCGACAAUUCCUUGUAUUGGAUCUGCGGCAAGGCAGCUUCUGGCAAAUCAACUCUGGUGAAGUUUCUCCUCCAGCAAGAGGUGUGUGAGGUCGAGCUCGUGAAGACCCUGCUGCCAGAUCUGUGGCAUCAGCUUGAGCCGCUCUCCCGCUUCAAUCUGGCCCGUCUUCGGUCAGGGUGGAAGCCGUGGAGGUUAUCCGAACUGAUAAGCCUGCUUGAGAAUAUCCUACUCUCCCUGGGGAAGACCUCGCGUAUUUGUCUUUUCGUGGACGGCCUUGACGAAUUUGAAGGUGACCACGCCGAAUUGGCCAGCACUUUCAGCCGGCUCGCGAAAAUGCCAAACGUCAAGCUGUGCCUCUCAAGUCGACCCCUGGCCGCCAUCGAAUACGAAUUCGCGGGAUGUUCAUCCCUGAAGCUGCAGGACCUGACCCGUGGCUGCAUCCAAUUGUACGUUCGCGAGAAGCUCACCGCUCACCGUCACUUCCAAACGUUGAAGCAAAACGAGCCGCUGCGGAUUGGGAAUCUCAUCGACCGGAUUGUGACCAUGUCGUCAGGAGUGUUUCUUUGGGUUCAUCUAGUGGUCAAGUCAUUACUGGAAGGCCUCACGAACCACGACGACGCCGGCGAUCUGGAGGCCCGGCUCAUGGCUCUCCCUCCCGAGUUAGAUGCGCUUUACAAGACCAUGCUGCAGAGUAUCAACCCUCAGUUUUACAGAACGCAGGCCUCAAAGCUGCUCCAAGUUGUCUAUUCCAUGAAGGGCACCAUAUCUAGCCUUGCCUUGUCAUUCAUCGAUGACCCGGAAUCUCCCACGCCCGCAUCCAGCUGCCUGGACCCAUUGCCAGUGGAAGUUGUCGACAGUCGGAUCAAGCGUGUCGCAGACCGACUCAAGUCUCGGUGCAAAGGUCUUAUUGAGGUCCAGUCCCUCGGGCACAGUCAGGUGCGUCCGCAAAUGAUCGAUCAUCCUCUGCGACCAGAUCAAGUACAAUAUUUGCACCUUACGGUAAAAGAAUUUCUCGAAAAGGCGGAAAACUGGAGGUUGAUAAUCGACUGGACAGCCAAAGCAGACUUUGACGCCAACACUGCCUGCUCUCGGGGCCUUCUAACCCUGGCGAGGCGGACCCUCAAGUUCCAUGGCUGGGGGAGGCACAUCGCCGCCCUGAUCGAUUCUGCACUCUCUUUUGCAAGGCAGGCAGAGGAUAGUAGCGGGAAACCGGACCUUGCAUUGUUUCAGGACCUUGAUGACCUAGCAACCGCGAUGUUUCCGCGUCGCAGGCUGCAACACUGGUCUUCGGACUUCACUGCAUCGCACGUAUUACUCUGCCAACAGAGUUGCCAAUGUCCGGAGUCGAGCCUCGCGACCCACGCAGUAUUCCAAGGGCUGACUUUGUAUGUGGAGUCCAUGUCCGGCGCUUCCGUGCGGCUUCUCAACUCCGAAUCGACGGAGUUUCUCCUGAGCAUCGCCACAGGCUCGAGUUUACAGGUCAAGGAUAUGAGAUGGUUUGACAUCAAUGGGGAACUUCCUUUGAACAUUCUACUUGCAGACAUCGCCAGCGAGACGAAUUCCUCCGACUAUGAAGACCGCGACGUCCGUCCGCAUUCUGCCAUGAUAAAGCUGCUCCUGGACAAGGGUCUGUCACCGAACGAGAGCCGCGGCCACCGAUCGCCGUGGCGCGAACUGCUGGACCAUGUGCGAGACAUCUCGGCCACGAAACCAUCACGCCUGGCCAAGUUCGUCGACGUGAUCAGGCUCUUCAUCCUCUUCGGGGCGGAUCUGUUCUGCACUCUCCCAGGCAGAGAGAAUCCCGCUGUGGAAGAAACAGCCGCCGAGGUGCUGCUCUCUGUUUUUCGGGAGCUACCUCGGUCAGCCACGCAGGAUCUGUUUCAAAUGGUGGUGGAAGGCCAACAAUGCCAGACCGAGAAGCGAGAUACAAGCAUUCUCCCUGCCGUCGUGGUAGACGACCAGCCACUGGAAGAUAGGAUCACAGCGCCUUCAGUAAAGAAAAGGCGGAAAAGGAAACAACCGACCGCGAAUUCAAGCAGGCGGCGACGCAGAUUCUGAGUCGCCGAAUCUAUGCUCUGCGACGAAAGAAUUGUGACUGGAAGUACCGAUCCUCAGCCCCGUUGGAUCAUCGCAUUCGCUGGGCUGGCAGGAAUUUCGAAACAUUACCGUGGUCGUAUCACGGGGCCCAACCUGGGUGGUCGAGGCAGGUUAGAUAGCUGCUAGAACGGGAAUGGGUUCAUAAAUGACAGAGGAAUAUCGAGA